GAGGUGCGGUUGACGCACGUUCUAGUGAAAAUGUCACGGAGAAGUUUCACCAUUUUCUUGGUUCUGGGAAGUUUUGUAUGUACUUCGGUUGUGAAAUCUUGGCAAAUUGAAGAUGAUCACGUGUGCCAGGUGUUUGGAAACGAAGUCCUGUGUCAGAGCACCACUACCUCUAUCCGACUCCCGUGUAUCAGAGAGUGUGGCAGAUACAAAGAGAAUUGUCAAUCGGCCCGGGUGUACGGUAACGACAGACAGUGCAGGAUUCAACUAAAAACCAUUACGUGUGACAGAGUAGAGGGCAACAUCCAGCAGUGGACGUGGAACAAGUGGUCUACGACCAGUGGCGGACAAGUGCUGAGUGUCAACUACAUGAAGAAGAACGCAUCCACCGCGCUGCGAGUCCGCUGGUCUGGAAGAAUAAGGGGUGGUUACAGUUCCAACUACGGGUCUCGCUUUUACUUCACGUUCAAUGGGGCACCUUGCUCUGAGCCUGCUGGUAUCGAGGCCGUAGAUUGGACUGGGGCUGGUAGAAAUUAUAUUCAGCAUACUGAAUUCGAAGGGCUUUGUAACAAUAUUCCGGCAGGACGCAUUCAGAUUGGUUUCAACGUGGGAAAACUGCCGGGUAUAUCAUGGCAGCCGUACCUGGGGUGGUCACUUGGUAACUGCAAAAUAACAGCCGAGGAAGUCGAUCUGGGGGAGAACAAAGGAACGUGUCCCCACCACACUGUUUUUAAUGUAAAACAACAUACCUUUGCCACAGCGGACACAGCUAGUGGGAUAUACAGCGCUUCGGCAUUUAGUUACACCAAACUGGCUCCCGAUACAUCUCUCCGAGUACGUUGGUUUGGGACCUUAGGUGUGAAAUCCCAAAGCCCAGCACCCGGUUGUUUGCGAUUUUAUUUUACCUUUAAUGGAGAAGAGUGUAAAGCUCCCACUCCGAUAGAUGGGGCCAUUGCAUGGCUGACCGAUCCCAUCAUCCGAACACAGACGACUCAUUCAAUUGAAGGGAUUUGCCAAAAUCUAGGCCAAGGAGAUCAUGCAGUUGCUUUGAAUGUUGGACAAUGUCUAUUUGGCAACCUCAACCAAAUGGAUCCGGACCCUCGCGUCAAUGACGUCUCCAGGAUUAUUGUGGAGGAAGUUAGACUUGGGAAGUCACAGUUUGCAGAGCAGGCGGUAUUGCUCACGUGCAGCUUUGAAUCCAGUAGUAUCUGCGGUUUCACGCAAUCAACUAACGACGAUUUUAAUUGGACAAGACGCUCCGGGGGCACCUCCAGUUCCUACACGGGCCCCUCAUCUGCAUACAGCGGGUCGUAUUAUAUGUACAUAGAAACAUCAUCCCCG